GAAUGUGGACCGGCGGAAGACGCAGAAGAAGAAAAUACUGCGUUGGAGGAAGUUGUGGUUCAUUACGGAAAAAGCUUCCAGCAUGAUACGUUUUCACUGUCAAAACUUUAAGGAAGUUGUUAAAACGUAACGUCAAUGUACUGUUAUAUCUAACAAACCGGAAGUCUUUUGAUACAGCCAUAAAAUGUCAGGUGACGACACAUCUGCAGAUGAGACCGGUAAGCUCGCUUGUGGACAUGAUGGGGACAAGCCUUUGUGUGACUCCAAGGAACAGCAUUUUAAACCGACCCCGGAGGUCAACCUGACUCCCUCCUCCAGAUUUCUGCAGGUUGAGCUGGAGCUGAACGCCCACCUCCGGAGACUCACCUUCAGCGACCCCGUCCGGUAUAUUUACAACCCGCUGGAGUACGCCUGGGACACCCACCGCUGCUACGUGGAGAAGUACUGUCGAGGGGGACAAAGGAUCCUGUUCUUAGGGAUGAAUCCAGGACCUUUCGGCAUGGCGCAGACAGGGGUUCCCUUUGGUGAGGUGAAGUCAGUUGUUGAUUGGCUGAAGAUCACUGGGCAGGUCGGUCAUCCUCCUGAUGAGCAUCCAAAGCGACGGAUCACGGGACUUGCCUGCACCCAGAGUGAAGUGAGUGGUGCACGUUUCUGGGGUUUCUUCAGGAAGUUGUGCGUUGAUCCAACACUGUUCUUCCAGCACUGUUUCGUACACAAUCUGUGCCCUCUCAUAUUCAUGAGUGCCAGCGGAAAGAAUUUAACUCCCCCUGAGCUGCCUCUCGCUGAACGGGAGUCCCUCCUGGCCUUCUGUGACACUGCACUGUGCCAGGCGGUGGAGGCCCUGGGCGUCUCCAUGGUGAUCGGAGUUGGGAGGGUGGCAGAGCAGCGGGCGCGGCGAGCUCUGCUUGCUGCUGGUGUCAACGUGCGAGUGGAGGGCAUCAUGCAUCCGUCGCCGAGGAACCCACGGGCUAAUAAAGGCUGGGAGGACGAAGCUAAAACCAAGCUGGAAAAGCUUGGAGUCAUGUCGCUGUUCAGCAGUGGGUGAGCAAAUCAAACUCCUCUGCGCUCACUCCGACAGUGGAUCACCACGUGAAGAGUUCGAGUAAGAGACUCAGUGUGUGUGUGUGUGUGUGUGGGAUGUGAUCAACGGUUUAGUGUACUGCUAAAAAGUACAGACUCACUUUUCUUCUGCGUAAACACUUUCAGCUUCAGCAGCAGUCGGCUCCGAGCAGAGCGUGUAUGACACUAAGGCCUUCACUGCUGUUAUCACUAAUGCCAUAAAUACAUCUGUUCAGCAACUGCACUUCUUCUUCCAUGAAAGUCUGUUUGUUUCUUUCCCGAUCAGUGAAUAACUCCAUUCAUUGUAAGAAAAAAAAAAAAAAAUACAUGAUACAUUUAUACAUGAAUGUAUUUAUAAGCUGCUUUUACUUACAUACAUACAUUUAUUGUAUGUAUAAGUUUAUAUUCAAAACAUAAGCUCAGGGUUUUUAAGUUUUAUUGCGUUCAUUAAACUUCAUAAGGCCAUAGCUUGGGGGAAAAGCACUAAACUUAAUAUUAGGGUGUGUGUGUGUGUGUGUGUGUCUAAACUUUGAAUUCAGCCUGGGGCACACACAGUGACUUCUAAAUGUGACAUAAGAAAUACAUUUGAAAUUGCAGUACAAUACAUAUGGCACAUUAGACAUUUUAAUAUACCUGCAUAUACCCUGUAUUAAUUCACCAGACUGAACAGCUGUCACUGUAACCGUUAUGCAUAUGUUAAAUAAACUAAGUCUUGAAUGUUCACAAAAAGAAGUCCAUGGGAAGAAAUACAAGUACACACUUUGCACACACACAAUGACCGUGACGUUACACAGUUCAGAAAUAUUCUGAUAUGGCCAAAAAAAAAAAAAAGUUGUACAGGUGUCAGUAUUCAUGCUGAAUUGUUACUUUGUUUUAAACUAUUUUUUAAUUGUCAUUUAUUUUGUUUAUGUGGGUUUAUGUGCAUUUCUGGGCUCAGUAUUCUUGAAAUGAAAUCCUUUCUGUUUAAAUAAAGAUUUGAGACUGAAA